CCGGUGUUGCUAUGGCCGGAUACCUGCUGAACCGCUCACUAUCAUUGGUCGAUACAGCGGUGGCACUGCAGAAGCCUGGGAACGGGUCGUACGAGAAGCGUAAGAUGGCGGAGCAGGCCCAGCAAGCCGCGCGAUCUCCGCUCACCGUGUUCGGAGAAGCCAAGAAGAAACUCAACGACCUGUUCGCCGAGAUCGAACGAUACACGCGCGAGAGCUCCAUCUUCCUGUCAGGUGUUAACGAUGCGAACAUCGUGACGAGCGAUGAAGCUCAGGUGGUCGUACAGUUCCUACAGAAGAUCAGCGGCAUCAGUGAGGUCAUCAGCCGCAAACAGAUGAAGGUCGCCUUCUUCGGAAGGACGAGUAACGGUAAGAGUACAGUGGUGAACGCCAUGCUGGCAGACAAGAUCCUACCGACUGGCAUCGGCCACACGACCAACUGCUUCCUGCAGGUCGAGGGAACAGACAGCAACGAGGGAUUCCUGCUGCUGGAAGAUAGCAAUGAACCACAGCCCGUGGAGUCGGUCGGCCAUCUCGCCCACGCUCUACUAUCGUCGGACAGCCGGACACUGGUCAGAGUGUGCUGGCCGAAGGAACACUGCAGCCUCCUAAAGGCAGACGUCAUCCUGGUAGACAGUCCCGGCAUUGACGUGACGCCGAACCUGGAUACGUGGAUCGACCAGCACUGCCUCGAUGCCGACGGUUUGUGCUGGUGGGCCAACGCCGAGUCUACCCUCAUGCAGACGGAGAAGAAUUUCUUUCACAAGGUCAGCGAGCGUCUCUCUAAGCCAAACAUCUUCAUACUCAACAACAGAUGGGACGCGUCAGCCUCCGAACCCGAAAUGAUGGAGAAGGUUAGGCGAAGACGAUGGAUCGCUGCAAUCUCCUUCCUCGUCGACGAGCUCGUAGUGAACACCCUGCAGGAUGGCGCUGCGAGCGAGUGUUUCUUCGUCUCGGCGAAGGAGGUGUUGUUCUCGCGCAUGAAGCAGCGUCAGGGGUUGCCGCCGCACAGCAAGCAGCUCUCGCGAGGGAUUCACACAACCGCAUGGUCGAGUUCAAGAAGUUUGAACACACGAUUCGACGAGUGCCUUUCCAAGUCGGCCGUGAAGACAAAGUUUGAGCAGCACACGGAGAGAGCGAAGGUGAUAUCAGCUGAGCUGCGGGCAGUCCUGGACCAGGUGCUAAUCAAGGCUAUGAAACUCAGGGCUGAGAGAGAUCAGCGCAGGAAGGAGGAGGUUGACCGGCUCGACUACGUUGUCAAACAGCUGGCCCUGCUGGAGGCUGAGAUCAAGGAACGCAUACGCCAGAUGGUGCAGGAGGUCGAGAGGAAGGUGGCGCAAGCAUUGAAUGAGGAGAUUCGUCGUCUGUCGAUCAUUGUUGAUGAGUUUGACCGGCCGUUCCAUCCCGACAGAAUGAUGCUGUGUGUCUACAAGAAGGUGAGCUUCUUCGUUUGCUACGAUAUCGCGUCUAAGAUCAGGAGAAAUAUCGUUUGA